AUGAGACACGUUCAAUCUACGCAGCUGCUUGCAGCGCUUCUCCUCACUACCCGCGUCACAGCUCAUGGUCAUGUUACAAACAUCGUAAUCAACGGGGUUUCGUACCGCGGAUGGAAUAUUGAUUCGGAUCCCUACAAUCCUGAUCCGCCGGUGGUGGUAGCGUGGCAGACCCCCAACACGGCGAAUGGCUUCAUCUCCCCAGAUGCGUAUGGAACGAACGAUAUCAUCUGUCAUCUCAACGCCACCAACGCGCGAGGGCAUGCUGUGGUUGCGGCGGGCGACAAAAUAUCCAUUCAAUGGACCGCUUGGCCAGAUUCCCACCAUGGACCAGUCAUCGACUACCUGGCGAGGUGCGGUUCGAGCUGCGAGACGGUAGACAAGACGACUCUGGAGUUCUUCAAGAUCGAUGGUGUUGGGCUGGUGGACGGCUCAAACCCACCGGGGGUCUGGGGUGACGAUCAGUUGAUCGCGGAUAACAACUCGUGGCUGGUGGAGAUCCCUCCGACCAUUGCCCCGGGCUAUUAUGUUCUUCGACAUGAGUUGAUUGCGUUGCAUGGAGCCGGCAGCCAGAAUGGAGCCCAGAACUACCCCCAAUGUUUUAACCUUCAGAUUACAGGGUCGGGGACCGCGCAGCCCUCGGGUGUGAAGGGCACAGAGCUCUAUUCACCCACAGAUCCGGGCAUUCUGGUCAAUAUCUAUAACGCGCUUUCGACGUAUAUAGUGCCGGGUCCCACGCUCAUUCCCGGGGCUGUGUCAGUUGUGCAGUCCAGUUCGACCAUCACUGCGUCGGGAACGCCGGUAACUGGCAGUGGUAGUGCUCCGACUACCAGUGCCACUACAACGCUGUCCACGACAACCAGGGCCACCACGACCACAACUACGACCACGGCGGGCAGCUCGACUUCAGUUCAAUCGGUCUACGGGCAGUGCGGUGGCAGUGGAUGGUCUGGGCCCACAGCCUGCGUUACAGGAGCCACAUGCACUUCCUACAACAGCUACUACUCCCAGUGCAUUCCAACCGCCUCCUAG